AUGAAAUUUAAAAUCUAUUCUAUUAUGUUAGAUAUUUUCAAAUCAAACAUAAGAUCAUGCCAAUGGAAAGCUACUCUCCCAAACCUAUCCCUCCAAAAGCAUGGGAUACCCACCACCACAUCUUCGAACCAAACCUCUUCACCCUUUCCCAAAACCGCCAAUUCACGCCCUCUCGCGCUUCUCUCACAGGCCUCUAGGCCUUUUGGCACUCCCUCGGCCUCGAGCACGUCUGCAUCGCACAUGGUCUUUCCUACGAAGCUGACUGCACUACCUCGAGCGCUUUAAGGGCCGUGCGCGGGGAAUUCGUGUGCUUAAUAUUGAGACUUACAGAUGAGAUACUUGGCUUGUAACAUGAAGCUGGGGCGCGUUCUGUGCGGUUAGAUUUCGUCCGGCAUGGAGCUAUGCAUGAAAUCGAUGUGCAGGUUCGGCUUAUUGAAGCUACGGCGCGCGGUUGGUACAAUAGAGAGAUAAGGCAGGGAAUCACUUUCUGGCCAAAACUGUGCGAGUCCAUGCGUCAGUGUCCUGUGUCCGUUGUGGUGGAUCAUAUGGCCUUGAUUGCGGGGAGUAGCUAUCGCUACGGAGAUUCAACAAACAUUCAACUCAAUUCAUAUCUACGGGAAACCAAGAUACUUGGACUUCAAAUGCCCUGCCGAGCACCCCGGGAGGGGAUUCUGUGGAUAAAGGUAUCUGCACCAUAUAGGUGCUCGAAUCUAGGUCCACAGUAUGAGGAUUUGCGAUGGGUUGUUAGGCGGUUUGUGGAUGUGAACUCUAAAGAUGUGCUUUGGGGAAGCGAUUGGCCCCAUACGAAAAAGCAUGAGGAUAGAGUUGGGAGAAGUCAGGAAAGAGAUGACGCAUUCUUGGAGGUUGAUAAUAGGGCUUGGAUCGAGGUGUUAAGUACGUGGUUUUCAGAGGAAAAGUGGCAGUUGAUGUGGAUUGGGAAC